AUGUAUAAAAAGAGUCAUACGAUCGUCAGACUUCCAGUACACUUAGAAGAUUAUCACAACGUGUACUUUGCCCCAAAUCAGGCACUGGAAAGGGCACAAAAUGCUGCUCUAGCUCGAACAAAACUCACGGCCUUCUUUGCGCUUAACGCGACAGACGUCGAGGCCAGACAGUACCUGUACCAAGAGAUACCGAUACAUUACAUUUGGAACGCAACGCGAAGAACAUGGUUACGACGGCGAAUACAGAUGACGUACGAGACGCUGGCUCGAAUGUACGUCGUCAACCCACUUGAUCGAGAACGUUUUCACUUGCGACUACUACUUCUACACAAGAGAGGCCCGCAGUCAUACCGUGACGUGAGGACAGUAGACGGAGUGCAGCAUCCAACCUACGCGGCUGCAGCAGUCGCGAUGGGACUGUUGGAAGACGACAGAGCUUUGCUGGCAUGCAUGGCUGAAUCGGCAACGUUGGACCCUCCAUCACAGCUUCGUUACCUGUUCGUGACGAUGCUAUUGUUUUGCGAAACCGCAAAUCCGUUGGCGUUGUACCAAACUAACGAAGCUCACAUGAUGGAGGACUUCAAUCAGCGGGUGCGUGAAGUAGACCGCGCGAGGGCGGCAUGUCUAGACGCUAUCGAUCGAUUACUUCGUGGUCACGGGAAGUCACUCACGGACUACGGUUUACCUAUGCCGGACGUCGCACUGCUGGAAGAGGAUCCGUAUGAUGGCAUGUUCGGUCAAAUAGACGCGGCUGUACGCUGGGCUCAACAAUUAGACAACUUAAACGACGACAACGGACAGUGUUUGAACGUGUGA